AUGGAGUCCUCCCGCGGCCCCCCCAGGGUCAAGAAUAAGGCCCCCGCGCCGCAGCAAAUCUCUGCCGAGCAGCUUCUCCGCGAAGCCGUCGACCGACAAGAGCCCGGGCUACAGGCUCCUACCCAGCGGUUCGCGGACCUCGAAGAGCUCCAUGAGUUCCAGGGCCGCAAGCGCAAGGAGUUCGAGGACUAUGUCCGGCGCAACCGCAUCAACAUGAACAACUGGAUGCGGUACGCCGCCUGGGAACUCGAGCAGAAGGAAUUCCGGAGAGCGCGGAGCAUAUUCGAACGGGCGCUGGACGUGGAUUCCACGAAUGUGGCGCUGUGGCUGCGGUAUAUUGACUCGGAGAUCAGGAACCGGAAUAUCAACCAUGCGCGGAAUCUGCUGGAUAGGGCAGUUACGAUUCUGCCGCGGGUAGAUAAGCUGUGGUAUCGCUAUGUCCAUAUGGAGGAGACGCUGCAGAAUGUGGCGGGCACGAGACAGGUGUUUGAGAGAUGGAUGGCCUGGGAGCCGGAUGAGAACGCUUGGUCGGCGUACAUUAAGCUGGAAAAGCGGUACGGCGAGUUCGCGAGGGCUAGGGCAAUCUUUGAGCGUUUCACGGUCGUGCAUCCGGAGCCCAGGAACUGGAUCAAAUGGGCAAGGUUUGAGGAAGAAAACGGCACGUCCGAUCUUGUCCGCGAUGUGUUUGGCAUGGCUAUAGAGACUCUGGGAGAAGAGUUCAUGGAUGAGAAGCUCUUCAUAGCAUACGCGCGCUUUGAGAUGAAGUUGCGCGAAUAUGAAAGAGCAAGGGCGAUAUACCGGUACGCGCUGGACCGCAUGCCGAGAUCGAAAUCUGUAACUCUACACAAGCAGUACACCACCUUCGAGAAGCAGUUCGGCGACCGAGAGGGCGUGGAAGACGUUAUUUUGGCUAAGCGGAGGGUGCAGUAUGAGGAGCAGGUCAAGGAGCAGCCGAAAAACUACGAUGUCUGGAUCGACUGGACCCGGUUGGAGGAGACAUCAGGAGACGUUGAGAAAGUGCGAGAUAUCUACGAGCGGGCGAUUGCGCAGGUUCCACCGACACAGGAGAAGCGACAUUGGCGACGGUACAUCUACCUCUGGAUUUUCUACGCAUUGUACGAGGAGCUGGAAGCCAAGGACAUCCAAAGAGCCCGAGAGAUCUACACGGCAUGCAUUAAGCUGAUCCCCAAGCACUUCACCUUUGCCAAGGUCCACCUGCUAGCCGCUCAGUUCGAAGUCAGGCAAGGGCAGCUGUCAGCCGCACGUAAACUGCUAGGGCGAGCCAUUGGCAUGCAUCCUAAGGACAAACUGUUCAAAGGCUAUAUCGAGCUUGAACUUAAGCUUUUCGAGUUCGUUCGUUGUCGAACACUUUACGAGAAGCAGAUAGAGUUUAACCCCACCAACUCACAGGCCUGGAUCAAGUUUGCUGAGCUCGAGCGUGGUCUCGACGACGUCGACCGAGCGCGCGCCAUUUUGGAGUUAGCGGUCUCGCAGCAGCAACUUGAUAUGCCGGAGCUGUUGUGGAAGAACUACAUUGACUUCGAGACUGACGAGGGAGAGUAUGACCGCGCGAGGCAGCUGUACGAGAGGCUACUCGAGAAGACGAACCAUGUCAAGGUCUGGAUCAGCUAUGCGCAGAUGGAGCUGAACAUGCCGGAGGAAGAUGAUGAGGGUGAUGAGGACGAGGAGAAGCCGGUCAGCGAAGAGGCCAAGAGUAGGGCGAGAAGCAUCUUCCAGAGAGCGUAUAGGAGCAUGCGGGAGAAGGAUCUCAAGGAAGAGCGUGUCGCCCUACUCAACGCGUGGAAGUCCUUUGAGACCACGCACGGCUCUCCUGAGGACGUCGAGAAGGUGGAGAAGAUGAUGCCUCGCAAGGUCAAGAAGAGAAGGAGGCUAGACGAUGGCUCGUUUGAGGAGUACCCCGAUUACGUCUUCCCAGACGACGAAGGCAACGCUGGUGUGAGCAAGUUGCUCCAGAUGGCGCAUAAGUGGAAGCAAGAGAAGGCUCAGCAGCAGCAGAACGGGAUGGCUUGA